AUGUUCAAGCCAUUUCAAAUCAGAAACUUGCAUCUCUAUCCGGUGGAAGAGAAUCUAUAUGACUCUUCAACUGAAAGCAUCAUUUCCAGCUCCCAUGUUGAUGAGACUCGGUGUAGACCAUCAGGUCUUAUUCACUUGACAGGCCCGGAAUACGAUGAUAUAAUACGCGAUCAUCCAAAUGCUAGAUUGACAUAUUUGGAUGAUGACGACGGUGAUAUCAUCACCCCCUCUCAGGUUGGAUCCUCUUUCGAGCUCGAGCAACGCCUUGACGAACCAGUUGAAGCAAUAAGUGUUGUAGGAGCCGCUCUGUCGACCCAGAUAGAUGAGACUCCUAUGCAUUUGUUUGACAUCCGUCGCUCGAGGUCUGUAAUCGAGCUUUGGAAGGAUGUUGAACAAAGCUCGGCCCGGCGCCGCUUUACACCCGACUGCAUAACUCAGCUGGGACUCACAGGGGCAGGUGACUCAGUGAAUUUCGGUAAAGAUGAGCAUUCGCCUGAAACCCGCGAGCUAGGAAUCAACCAGUCUGUGGACCUGCGUAAACAGUGGUUAGAUGCCUGCAGACCCCCUCAGCUUUUACCAAAGGAAACUGGAGAGCAUGGACAACAAGAUCAUGUCCUUUGUGACGUAAAGCCUGCUUCCGAACCAACGGCAUCGGAAAGACCUUCAUCAACUAUCAUGUCCCUAUCUGCGAUUACUGCUGAAGGAAGACGUCAGGCAGAGGAAGCAGGGAGCCGCUUCCAUAGCUUCAAAAAUAUACCUGCUGGCUCUAAAGCAGUGCCUAAUUUUAUACUUAACCAACAAAACCAUUGGGCUUGCCCACCACAGGCAGUGACGAAAACCAAAAGUCACCAUGCGUCUGAAGAUUCAAUUGGACUGGCCUCCGAGAACUCCUCACAUUCGAUUCAAAAACCACCUACAACUAUUCAAUUUUCACAAGCUAGGACAGAGCCACAGCCGCUUCUGUCGGCUUUCGAAGCUGAGAUGGCUAAGAUUCUAGAAGAGAAUGCCAAGGAACAUACAAACGAACCAACCAAUUCCACUACUCCUCUAGAAUCUGGUGCUCGCUCUGCUAGCUCCACUGAGCAGAAAUGGCCUGUCAAUCUUAUAACCGGUAUUCUGCAAACCGUCGCAGGCGGCAUUGAAAAUCUGGGGUCAGAGCUUAAAUUGAAAAUUCCGGAAGUCGAACGUCACUUGGCCAAUGCACAGAGAACCAUCCCAGAGGAUGUUAGCGCUACCAUGCAUAAUGCCUUGUCAGCCGUCGAGACACAAAUUCAAAAUCUAGCACGAGUCAUACAGAAUGCAUCUAAUGCCUCUAGUGAAGCUGCGGAAAGGGUACGCCGGGCCGAACUCAGGUCUACCGAGCAGGUUAUCAGCGGCCUUGGCGAUAUGGCUCAUGAAUUUGAAGAGUUUGGAAAAACCUUGUUUGCCGCAUUCGAGGCUGAAUUUGGUCAACGAAGCAAUAGCAGUGAGGCAAAUGCUAUAGAUCCUAACACUAUUCACAACCAGGAUGCAAUUUCCACACGGCCUCAAACAACAUCUAACGAGGAUCAGGCCUCACCCGAACCACUUGAUCAGAGUUCGGAAAAGGAGACCCUUUCUCCAGAAGCCGACAUUUCCUUAGAUUCCUCCAACAAGUCUUCAGAAGAAGCAGCAGCAGCAGUCGUUUCUCCAAUUGCUUCGUAUCAACGCCCACCGCCACCUCACCCAAAAUCUUCCUUAUUGUCACAGACUGCAGGCAAGUCUGUUUCAAACAAUCAACCGCAGGCAGCUGGUCCGAUUGAACCCGUGAAACCCCUAUUCUCUAAUUGGCCAAACCGUCCAGCCUUUGUAUCAUCAUUUACAUCCACAGUCACUCGACCAUCAGGAUCUAUGGAUGCUAUGAACCAUGGGCAAGUUCAGCCAUUUGAGCCGACUUCUACAGAUCGUCAACCCGCCUCUUUCCUAGAGAGCGUUAACACAUUGCGUCCAAGUGAUUCUGUCGCAUCCCUUUUCCUGGGUAACAUUGGAUUUCAAGUGACCGCGCGAGUUAUUGAAGAAGUUCUUGCCUCUAAGGGCUUCUCGGCUCAAGUCCAGCUCCCAUUAGAUUCUUCUACUGGGAAACACGCUGGUUUUGGAUAUGCUCGUUUUCAUUCAGCUUCUUCCGCAAAAGCUGCUCUCGAUACACUUCAGGGUAUCAUCAUUGAUGGCCAUUCUCUGAACUUGGAAUACAGUGAUAAUUCUCCGAUUGAUGUGUUGCAAACACAAGCCCCUGCCAGUCAGACGACACGUAUAACUUCCAACGCCUCGCUUAACCGAAGAGUGCACCACCGUCAUUCGUGGCAACAAAAUACGCCACAAGUUCCAGAGAACAGGUCGUUGAUGGCCUCUAGCAGCGACAAUCUACCAAAUCUCACCAGCGGCAAUGCUCGAAGCAACCUCUAUUCUCCCCCGAAACUCUUUUCCAGCCACUCCUUAGUUGAAGGUGAUACCUCUCAAAACCACCCAGAAGAAAGUCCCGAAUUUGCUGCUCGCUACCCUUCUUUACUCCCAACCUUUAGAUCUCAGGAAAAUCCCGUGGCUGUGCCUGAGCGUUCGAUGACGCUCAGUCCUAACUCGGAGAUCGCUCGCUUUCCCCCAGUCUCCCAACUAGACGCGCACCUAUUGGCAAACCAACAUCGCUCCGGGAAUCGUACAGAUAGUAGACACAGUCUGUCGAACCCCAAUCGGGCACAUCCACUGACAAGAGUUUCUGCCGAGAGAGCCGUCGAAAGUCCUAGUUCCCACCGGCUGCGCGAGCCGCGUCGCACGGCUUCAACCAUAAAUCAAAGAUACCCUCGUGAGUUCGAGAGAGAUCGUAGUAGCGCGCAUGCUCUUAGACGCAGAGCCACAGAGGCCAUACCUUUGCGCCAUCUCGCACAUGAGAAUGCGUCUCGAGAAGCACGCUCCUCAAGCCUCUACGAAAGACGAACUCGCACUCUCCCAGGUAGUUUCCCCGUGGACGACGCGCCAAUUCCAGCAACUAGCGAUGACGAUGGCUCUUCAGAUCAGGAUAUGAGGACUGCAAUGCGUCGAAGUAUUAUUGACAAUUGUGUAGAUAAAUUGAUCAAUUUUGGGUAUGGUAGUCAGGUCGAUGGCGGACGACAGAGGCUCAGUAUAUAUGCGGAGGCCGCUGAUGGCAAACUUUCUGAAGCCAUCGACAUGAUUGAGGAAGAGAGGACAGCCUAUGAGCGUUACGUGGCAAACACCUGA